AUGUCGUCAAUCAUGGACACCCACCACGUUAAGCAGCAACUCAAAUCGCUCGUUGAAGAUCUCCCUCCUGAGCUCCGCCGGCACAUACUCUCAUUCUUGCCACUAAGCGACCUUAGGAACUUUGUUCGGGCGUCGCCUUACUACCAUGCGCAAUAUAGAGAAGACCGUCUCUAUAUACUCCGAUCCUCUUUAUACAACACACUAAGCAAUGUCACCAUCGAUGCUUUCGCAGUUCAUUGUUCCAGGUCGAGAAAGUUCAUAGAAGCCCGUACACCAGCGAGAGUAGUCAAGUAUCUAAGAGACUAUCGCAGCCUCCAACUACUAGAUGUUUCGGCACGUAUGACAGAAGACAAUGCGAUUCAGAUGGUGGGGUGCUAUUUCAGAGCUAUUCGGCCAGCAAUUCGCCAAUACGUCCGGUACACGGCGGCCAAACUGAACGAAUCAAUUGGAGUAUCGCCGGCCUGUGGUUCGACGAAGCUUAGUAGUACGGAAGAGACAAGAGUAGUUCGUGGCCUUUACCGAUUACAGCUGUAUUCCCACCUUUUCAGUGUUGGGCCCCAUAACGGUUUAGGGUCGGGCUUCAUCACAAAAGACAGAGAAGCCCAUCUUUUAGGUUCAUCGCUCUUCUUUGCCGAUUCCGAACCCUGGGAGGUAGAGGAGUUUUGGUGCGUUUACUUAUUUGCCAAGACUACUUACGAUGAAAUGCUCGAAUACUUCCGCCCAGAGAUAAACAGAAAACUUGAGCCCGUCACCGAACUCCUCCGAUACCAUCAUCCCCAGCUCUCCCCAACCCUGAGUGAUCUCGAUGGCUGGUAUCUGAGGGAAAUUGUCGUAGACGCGUAUAUCUCCCGUGGACUCCAGAUGAUGUCCAGCAUCCGCAAUUUCUUGGAUGAUACUGGCGACCUAGCAGCCAUUAAAUAUCGGCUGUUAUCCCAUCACGGUAUAGGUGUAAAUAUUUCUUAUCGGUCCAAGCUCAUGCAACGUCUACGAUACGAUAAACACCCAUGCGAAAAGGACUACUUAUCAGCGGCUCGUGAUCCGCUGCCCUUCGAGGGUGACUCUGAGACGCGCCCGUCAUCAGCUUGGACCCUGACGUGGAGUGGAACGUACAGCAAUCUCUACGGUGAAUACAUUCCCAACAAGCUUCGCGAAUGGGGAUAUGUGAUGUGGGACGAGGCUCGCAUAAAGGAUACCGGCGCCGACAAAUUAUUAUCGAGUCAGCUGCAAGCAGAGUGGAAAGGCGUCGAUCCAAGAAGCCGUAGGCGAUAA